AUGGAUGAUGAUGGCUUUAUGGGUUCUUUUGUUGAGAUUCAAUUCAAUUCUAAGGAAGAAAACAUUCCUGAUUAUAUGUUAAUGUUUGGAAAGCAGUUUAAGACCCUGAACACGAAGUUGAAUUUGUUACUGCAGUUGCAAACCGAUGGUGGUGGUAAGAAUUCCAUAUCUGCUCUUGAUGUUGAUGUUAUGUUGCAAGCCCAAGGGUAUUUGAUUUUGGAUAAGCUUAAUCACAUGGAAGAGUAUGUUGAUUUAAGGGUCAAAUCUCAACUUGAUUCUUUCAAAAAUGAAAUUCGUGAAUUGAAAGAAACUGCUAAGUCUCAUCAUAUUCUAUUCGUUCAAGAUGUGAAGACAGUUUGUGAGAAUGUCAAUCUUAAAGUUCAAGAAUUGAUAGAAUACAUGACGAUGGAGAUAGUUGCUUUAGAUCACAAUUAUUCUACUAUACAUAAUAAGUGGGAGCGGAAACAAAGGCAAAGGGGGUACUGGAAAUGUUUCUGGUGUUGUGAGAGUGGUUGGCAAAGUCUUGACUACUCAGAUCCCACUUCUUUAAAAAGAACUUUGAUUGUUACUUCAUCAACAAUAACAACAACAAAGCCUAUCACAAAGAGCAUUGUUAUUGGAACUGUUGUAGGGGAUUUGAGUUCAUCAAAUCCUACUCCAAAUGAACAAGAGAAAGACAAAGGAAAAGGCAUAAUUCAUGAAUUGCUGAAAGAAGAAAGAAAAUCUGCUAUGGAAGAUGAAAUGGAGAAACAAAGAUAG